CCCAAAAUUUUUUCUCCUAAAUUGAUUUCUAUGCGGCUUUACUUCAAGGGAUUCUCUUCAUUUUCGAUUUCCUAUUCGGAACGAUCCAACUCAGCGUCUCCCCCGGUGAGUUAAGUAUUGAGUUCGAUCGGUUUUAUCUAUCUUCUAAAAUCAUUGCUUUAUUGAAGCAUCCAAUUGAGAAAACUGAAACAUGGAUCAUUAGUUGAAUGCCCAUUUACCUAAAUCUUUUAAAUUAAUGUUAUAUGAUAUAAUAUAUAUAUGGAAGUUUCGCUGUAAUUUGAUUUACAAAAUAGAGGUUUUUAUAUAUUUUGUGGGGUUUUGGUCAUGCAAUUAUCAUCGACCUCGAUUUCUUCAUCGAAACGGAAGGAUUUUGGCCAAAAAUCGGGUACUAGGAUUCAAACAAAGCAUAAAAGAUUAGAUGCAAUAUGUGAGAAAGAGUAUAAUAGAAAUCAUGGAGAGGGGAAUGAGGGGAAUGGUGUUGGUGGGUCGGAGAGUGUGGAUUUGGAGCUCCGUAGGAGCUCAAGGGUUAGGAGAGCGCCAGUUAUUUUGGAUGUGUCACCUCCACCUCCAAAGAAAAGGCGGAAGAUUGGGAAGAAUGGGAGGUUUGGUCCGGACAGGAGGAGGUUAGGGAGUGUGAAGGAGGAGGAGGGGGAGGAGGAGACGAGGGAUGUGCAGACACUGGGGAGUUGGAGGUCAAGGUUGAGGACAAGGGCAAGGAAUGUGAGUGUCAAAGUGAAGGCAGAGGAGAGAGUUUUUCCGAGUAGGAGAAAGCUUUUUGAGCAUAUAGGUGGGAGUGAGGAGGAGCAGGAGGAGCAGGAGGAGGGUGAACUGGAUGUGGGGGAAAUGAUGGUAGUGAAAUCCAAGAGGCCGUGGAGGAUUAAGGCGGUGAGUAGUUCAGGGAGUGAAGAAGCGGUGGAGAUUUGUCAAGUGGAACACAAAAGGGGGGUAAAAACAGAAGAAAUUAAAGGUGAUGUAGUGGUGGAGGGUGCACCUGUUUUAGAAAGUGAAAUGAGUCAUGGAAAUGAUAGGAGGGAUGAGGUUGUGGAGGGUCCAGUAGUUUUAAAGAGUGAACUGAGUCUUGGAAAUGACACGUGGUUGCAUGGCAAUGUGGUUGAGGUGGUUAAAGAAGACGAUAGAGAAGUAUCAAAUUGUAUACAAUCAGAGGAGGGGUGCAUUGGCCAUGAAAAUGUUGAGGUAACUGAAACAAUUGAAAGAGUGGAGCUGAGUGAAGAACAAGUUCAACAGUUAGAAUGUCAGAAUGAAAGAGCAAAUGAAGAGGAUGUUGUAGAAGUAGAUAAUGUUCUAGAGGAAGUUGAGGAUGGUGGUGUUCAGGAUGCAAAAGAUGAUGGAUUGGUGAAGGUUGCUGAAAAACCUUUAGAACAUCAGAAUGAUAUGAAGGUAGAAGAGUCAAAUCAAGCAGCUGCUGAUACAACUGGCAAGCGACGUAUCAAACAAGGGAGAAGGUGUGGUUUGUGCGGUGGUUGGACUGACGGCAAACCCCCAAAGAAGCUGGCCCAUAAUGCAGGUGAUAGUGAAAAUGAAGCAUACAGCUCUUCAGCUUCAGAGGAACCAAACUAUGAUAUUUGGGAUGGGUUUGGUGAUGAACCUGGGUGGCUUGGUCAUCUCCUGGGUCCUAUAAAUGAUCGUUAUGGUAUUGCUGGAAUCUGGGUUCAUCAAAACUGUGCAGUAUGGAGUCCUGAGGUUUAUUUUGCUGGCUUGGGCUGCUUAAAAAAUGUUAGGGCAGCACUUUGUAGAGGAAGAGCAUUAAAAUGCAGCAGAUGCGGGAGGCCAGGAGCAACAAUUGGAUGUCGUGUUGAUCGGUGUCCUAGAACAUAUCACUUGCCUUGUGCAAGAGCAAAUGGCUGUAUCUUUGAUCAUCGCAAAUUUCUCAUAGCCUGCACUGAUCAUAGGCAUCUCUUCCAACCACAUGGUAUUCAAUAUUUAGCCCAGAUAAAGAAAAUGAAAGGUAAGAAAAUGAAGUUGGAAAUGAGGAAGGUAUCAAAUGAUGCAUGGCGAAAGGAUAUUGAAGCUGAAGAAAAAUGGUUGGAGCAUUGUGGUGAGGAUGAAGAGUUCCUGAAACGUGAGAGCAAGAGACUUCAUCGAGAUUUGUUAAGAAUAGCACCUGUUUAUAUUGGAGGCUCAGAGUCUGAUGGCAUGAAAUCUUUUGAGGGUUGGGAAUCUGUUGCUGGCUUGCAGGAUGUUAUCCAAUGCAUGAAGGAAGUUGUCAUCUUACCACUGUUGUAUCCCGAGUUCUUUGACAAUCUGGGGCUUACACCACCCAGAGGUGUUCUUUUGCAUGGCUAUCCUGGAACAGGUAAAACUCUUGUAGUGCGAGCACUGAUUGGUUCUUGUGCUCGUGGGGAUAAACGGAUUGCAUAUUUUGCCCGCAAAGGUGCUGACUGCUUAGGAAAAUAUGUUGGUGAUGCUGAACGUCAGCUGAGGCUCUUGUUCCAGAUUGCUGAGAGAUGUCAACCUUCUAUAAUAUUCUUUGAUGAGAUAGAUGGCUUAGCACCUCGACGGACUAGGCAGCAAGAUCAAACACAUAGUUCAGUUGUCUCCACAUUGCUUGCUCUGUUGGAUGGUUUAAAGUCCCGAGGUUCAGUUGUGGUGAUAGGUGCAACUAAUCGCCCUGAUGCUGUUGAUCCUGCAUUGAGGAGGCCGGGGAGAUUUGAUCGAGAGAUUUAUUUUCCACUGCCAUCAUUGGAGGACAGGGUUGCAAUCCUUGAACUUCAUACUAAAAAAUGGCCAAAACCAGUUACUGGAUCUUUGCUCAAAUGGGUUGCAAGAAAGACAGUAGGCUUUGCUGGUGCAGAUUUGCAGGCUCUUUGUACUCAAGCAGCUGUUAUUGCUUUGAAGAGGAAUUUUCCUUUGCAAGAAAUUUUAUCUGCUGCUGAAGAGAAAACUCCCAGUGCUAAACGUGUUCCUCUUCCUACUGUCACAGUUGAGGAAAGGGAUUGGUUGGAAGGUUUGUCUUGUUCUCCACCUCCUUGCUCACGUCAGGGAGCAGGAAUGGCUGCUAAUGAUUUAGUUGCCUCACCUCUUCCUACGCAUCUCACUCCUUGUCUCUUAGAACCAUUAUCCACCUUGCUUGUUUCACUCCAUUUGGAUGAACGCCUCUGGUUGCCACCUCUUCUUUCUAAAGGUGGUGCUGUGAUUGAGAGUGUGAUUUUUUCCACAUUGCAUGACAAAAGACUGCCCAAGGAUCAUUGGUGGUCCCAUGUUCAUGAUCUUCUUCAAGAAGGAGAAGUUAUUAAGGAGAUAGAGAGAAGGCUAUCAUGUGCUGGAAUGUUAACUGGAGAGACUAGCUUUGCUGAUUAUGAUGCUUUCAUAGGUGAUAUUAGUGAUUGUGUUGCCAAGUUUGAACCUUCAAUAGUGCGUAAUGGUAGCACGUGCUCUAGUUUGACACAAAAUACCUAUUUUACUUCAACAAGGAAAAUGGGGUUUAGAAUAUUAAUUGCUGGAAGUCCCAGGUCCGGCCAAAAGCAUCUUGCUUCUUGUCUUCUUCACUGUUUCAUUGGGAAUGUUGAAAUACAGAAAGUUGAUUUAGCUACAAUUGUACAAGAAGGAAGUGGUGACUUUAUUCAUGGAGUAACUCAAAUUUUGAUGAAAUGUGCAAGUAUGGGAUCAAGUGUACUUUUUAUGCCAGGAAUAGAUUUGUGGGCUGUGGAAACCAUUAAUCAAGUUGCUGAGGAGAGCAUUUCAUCUUCAACAUUCCAUCAAGCACCCAUGGAGGAAGAUCCUCAACUUGUUGAAAAGGAAAAUGGAUCCUCUCUGCAGCAAUCUGAGUUGGCAGACACAGUGGUGGCUACUGCUACUGUUCAGAGCGUCUCUCAUGCCUGGAGCUUAUUUGUUGAGCAAGUGGAAUCUAUUUGUGUGUCUACAUCCUUGAUAAUUCUGGCUACUUCAGAAGUUCCACAUCUGGAACUCCCUGAUAGAAUAAGGGAAUUUUUUAAGAGUGAUCUACAAAAUUGCAGUCAGAAAACUACAUUAGAGUGCACGGUACCCAGAUUCACUGUGUAUGUUGGCAGGAAUUUCAACCAUGAUAUGGUUAUCAAACUAUCUGCUGCAGAGUUAUCAAGGGAUAUCCUUCAAACGUUUGUUCAUUUAAUUCAUCAAAGAUCACACGUCCAUGAAGAUUCUAAAACAAAAAAUUUUGUCCAAACCUAUGCACUUGCAGAAAAUGACAACACCUCUCAUGGUUUGGCCGGGUUUGAAUCACAAUCUUGUGGUGAUUUGUCUGUUACAGUGCCAGCACCACCAAUCAGCAGUAGAAAUUUGAAGGGUAAAUCAAGCCUGAUUCUGGCAAUAUCUUCAUUUGGCUAUCAAAUUUUGCGAUAUCCUCAUUUUGCAGAGCUUUGCUGGGUGACAUCAAAACUUAAAGAAGGUCCUUUUGCAGACAUAGUUGGUCCCUGGAAGGGCUGGCCAUUCAACUCUUGUAUUAUUCGUCCCACCAAUUCAUUAGACGAGACAGGUGUUGCUUGUGGGUCCAGCAGCAUUAAAAGCAAAGAGAAGUUUGGUUUAGUCAGAGGUCUGGUUGCUGUUGGUUUAUCAGCAUACAGAGGCUUGUACAUGUCACUUAGAGAAGUUUCCUCUGAGGUACGGAAGGUUCUUGAGCUCCUAGUUAGGUGGAUUAAUGUUAAAGUUAACACUGGAAAAGACCGAUAUCAAUAUGUUCGUAUUUUGUCUCAAGUUGCUUAUCUGGAAGAUAUGGUUAACAGCUGGGUGUAUUCACUGCAGAGUUUAGAUCAGGAUGUCCAAAUAAAAGCACAAAGCCCCAAACCAUAUGCUUCGGGAUCUCCAGAUAAUCAUUUUACAUGUGUGAAUGAUGCAGAUCAAAUUAAGGAAUAUGGGCCCAGAAGCUGCUAUGAAUCAGAAGGUCUGGGUGCAAAUACUAAGGAAUUCACCAUGCAAAAUACUGAUUUCAUUGACUUAAACAAAAAGGAUGACUAUUGUGCUCCUAAUCACACGGGAAAAGUUAAAUUUUUUGAAGAAGCUCCACAGGGGAUAGGCCCCAUUGGUAAUACUACUUCAGAGGAGCAUCUUAAUUCUUCUCUGGCCAACCAACUGAUUGUUCAUGUAGAUGAGCAGAAUGGGAGAAAUCCUGGACUAUGUGGGUCAGAAAGUUCUAGGAAUCCUAUGGUUGAGGGAGAAUUAACUGUGCAAAAUAUAGACUGCAUUGACUUGAACAAGAUGGAUGAUGAUUGUGCUUUUAGUCAUGAGGGAAAAAUUGGUCCUGUGGAAGAAAUUGUAGAAAAUAUAAUAAGCCUCAGUGGUAAUACUACUUCAGUGGAGCACCAUAACGUUUCUGUGGCCAGUGAUCCAGUUCUUGUAGACAAGCAGAAUGGGACAAAGCCUGGACCGAGUGGGUCAGUAAGUACUAGAAAUCCUAUGCUUGAGGGAGAUCUUGGGUCAUCAAAACAAUCUAAUAGAUUUGCACCUCGAGAAUCUGUUCUUUUUGCGAAUGGAUUCUGUAGUUCAGAUGAACUGGUUGGUGCAAAGUUCUCUGGCUCUGGGAAAACUUGCAACCAGAUUAAUGCUUCUGAAACAGAGAUUACUAUCACAUCUGAAGAUGGCAAGCCUGAAGAUCAUGAAUACAAAGAAGAUCCAAAUUUCCCUUUAAGUGAAACUGCUCUUCCAGCUGAAUCUGGGGUUAUUUGCUUUUAUCAUUGCUGCUCUGACUGCCUACAUACCCUCCUUAGCUUGAUGCAAAAAAUUUUGCUUAAAGAAUGGAAAUCAGAUGGGUGCCAUUGGACGGUAGAUGAUGUUCAUGAUACAGUUGCGUUAUUGUCUGUGGAUCUUCUUUCAACAGUUAUGAAAGUUUAUGCUGCUGGAUGUAGCAGCAAUAAAUUGGAUGAGAACCUGAGAAAUGAAAUUCAUGGAAAGUUAUCUAACCGUCCAGAGUGGGGCACAUGUCUUUGCAAAAGCUCAGAAAAUAGUUUAGUUAUUCCAACACAAUGUAACUGUCACUCUGUAGGCACCACCUCUCCAAACAUCCAAGUUGGCUUUGAUCCAAAAUUUGUUUACAGAGAUGAAGUGAUGGUUCCUAUAGAUUCUAACAAAGAAGUUUCAUUUCACUGUAAAUUCGAUACAUUGUGCCUUUGUUCCCUUAUAGAGUCUAUAUUAAUGACAAAGCAGCCUUUUGAUUGAUUUUGGCUUUUACAACGGAUUUGUCUAGCUGUGGCAAGGUGAGUUUCUAUGGAGAUUAUAAUCAAAUUUUGUUGGCUGAGCAUUUCCUUAAGACAGCAUUGUUAUCAUAUCUUCUUCCAUGAGGCAUACUAGAAUGGUCUUACUUUCUUCCUAAACAAACUGCUUCCCCAAAUUUUAUUUCUCCAGGGUGGAAGCUAACCUAUAUACCAUGUAAAUAUCAUCCUAGUUACUGCACCUCCGAGUACUGUAAGUAUGUUCUCUUAUGGCCAUCACAUGAUAAUAUAUUCCAAUGAAGGUUUGUCAUUCUGGUGUUUGUCGUCUUAUUGCAUUCUUUUGCUUUCUGCAAGUUAUCCAUUGAUAUCUGUUGAUUUCGA